AUGACUAUCCCGCCGGUCAACUACAAGGUCCCCGCAGGCCUCGAGGCCAUCCCCCUGCACCUUUUAGACCUGCGCCCAGAUUCUGCCAUCGACCACGAAUUAACACAGCACUCGCCCGUGACCGACGACAAAAACGUCUGGUUCUACUGGCACAAUGGCUACCAAAACAUGUAUCCCGCGGCGCGGCGCACCGUCCGCACGUACCACCGUCGCCUCGCCAAGCUCGGCUGGACGGUCCGCGUCGUCGACCGCGCGCCGGGCUCGCCGCUCAACAUUGCGCGCCUCCUCGACGUCGCCGACCCCGCCCUGUUCCCCGCCGCCUUCCGCGACGGCACCAUCGGCAGCGACUACCCGGCGCAGGUCUCCUCGGACCUGGUGCGCUUCCCGCUCCUGGUGCGCUUCGGCGGGCUGUACGCCGACACGGGCGUGCUGCCCAUUGGCGACGUGGACCGGCUCUGGCGCGAGACCGUGGGCAAUUCCGCAUCGCCGUACGAAAUAUUCACGUUUGGUCAGGCCCGGGGCCAGACGGUGACCAACUACUUCAUGGCCGCGAAGCGCGGCAAUGCCCUUUUCCAGCUCUGCCACCGGUUCCUGCUCCAGCUCUGGGGCGAGGACGGCGGCCGCACGAGCCCGCAGGGCAUGCACCGCAGCGCGCUGUUCAGGGGCCUGCCGCUGGCCGGCGAGGGCAACGCCGCGCUGACGUGGACGGAGAACGGGCGCACCGUUGCCCUGGACGAGGGCCGCCGCCUGCUGACCGACUAUCUGUUCCAGGGCCAGGCCAUCAACAUGGUCAUGGGCACCGUGGACGAGGAGCUGGGCUGGGACGGGCCGCGGUACGGCAGAGAGCACGUGUUUGCCGUCGACUUCCUGACGGGCAGCCAGCUGAUCAACCAGCUCACGCGCUGGGACGGAGCACGCCAGUUUGCGCUGCUUUCGCUGCGCUUGCCCGCCGACGGCGAGGAGGAGACGGCGGACCAGAGGGAGGCGCGUGCGACUGUGGAGCAGUGUCUGGCCCGGAGCUUUGCUUUUAAGCUGGCGACGGGGCUGAUUCUGAGAGUCAUGGGCGAUACGCUGGGCGCUUUGUGGAAGAAGAACGCUGAGAGCGAUAAUAGGCCCAACACGUAUGCCCACUGGUUUCGACACGCGACUACGUAUUACAGUCAGAAGGAGCUGCCUGUACCAGUAGACGUCUUUCUGGUUGAACCUAUCAAGCGGGGGCGUCUACUCGGAGAAGAAUAA